CUCUUUCCACCAUCCCAAAACCAAUCCUAUCUCUUCACUCUCAACUCUCUAUCGUUCUCUGAUAAUGGCUUACAAAACUACUUCCUUGCUCCUUGCUCGAGUUUUCCUCAUCAGUACUCUGCUCGCUAUUGCUGGGCAAGCAGUUGCAAAACAAGACAUCCCAAGAAAUCCAGAGAAUGAUGAUCAAAUGAAACAGCCUGAGUGGGCGCUUGAACAUGACCACGGCGUGCUCAUUCCAGGCAUUGGACGAGUGAUGCUGCCGCCAGUUUUGAAACCUUACAAUCCCUACACCGGCAGCAUUGGCGGCAGCACUGGUGGAACCGGCCAUAUUCCAGGUGGUGACGACACUUUUGUCCCAAACCCUGGUUUCGAAGUGCCAAUUCCUGGUGAUGGUGCUGGCGGUGCAGGAACGCAUCCCCGUCCUUGAGCUCGGCUGUGAAGUUUCAAUCAGUUAGAGAAUAAAGGCAGGCAACCAUCAGCAAUCUUAGUUGGAGUCUUAGGGCCCCCUUGUAUUCAGCCCAGUCCAGUCCAGUCGAUCCGACCCACGUAUUUAACGUGAUAUUAGUUCAGCUUGUCAUUUUAGUGGAGCCCUUGAGUAUGUUUGUUGACAAAACGAAGCCUGCUAGAUGUUAAGUGUUUCUGUUUUAGUUUUUCAUUUAAAUCGAGUCUAGAGUCUUUUGUGCAUUUUUCACUAGGAAAUCUAUUUUGUUGCCAAGUAAUCGUGUAUUUCAAUUUCCAAAUUAAUUAUGGUCUAUACGAAUUACCCGACUGUCUUAUUUAAGUA